GGAAUAACACAUGCCCCUUGCAAAUAGCCACCCACCCCGAUUACGACGUCGUUUACCCAGGACCAGCCCUGACCCCCUGGUCCGAAAAACACACCACAUCUCUUCAAUUUUCAUUUUCAAUUUCAAUUUCAUUUCAAUUUCAGUUUCAAUUUCAACUUCAAUCUCAAUUCAAAUUCUUGUUUGAUUCACGUUCUUCAUAUUCAAAUUCAAAAUCAGUUAAUCACCGAGUUGUUGAACAGAUCGUACAUUUGUGUAUCAAACUAUAAACACAUUCUCCAGAUUUGUUCCGUGAAAAACCCUAGAUCAUUCAACAGAUUUGAUCCAACGGUUGCAGAUUUCAUUCACGCAAGCUGAGGCAAUUCAUUUCCGAUUUAUUAACACAAGGUGGACUCAUUAGUGGGUUUUGGAGAAAGUGUUGGUGUCAUGCAGUUGGCUCUUUAGAGUCUAAACACCCCCUUGCUUACGUAAUCUAGAAAUACCCUUGUCACAUAGUGGUAUUUGAUCUAUGGGCGAGUGGGUGAUUGGAGCUAUCAUCAAUCUUUUUGGCAGCAUUGCCAUUAACUUUGGAACUAAUCUUCUUAAAUUGGGUCAUGAUGAGAGAGACAGACACGCGAUGCUAGGUGAAGGUAUAGACGGAAAGACAAUAUUGAGGCCUAUUAUAAGUUUCCAGUCAUGGAGAAUAGGUAUUCUAUUUUUCGCUUUUGGAAACGCUCUUAACUUUAUUUCAUUUGGAUACGCUGCCCAGUCACUUCUUGCAGCAUUGGGAUCUGUACAAUUUGUGUCAAACAUCGCAUUUGCCUACUUUGUCUUGAGCAAAACAGUAACUGUCAAAGUAUUAGUUGCGACAAUUUUUAUCGUCCUCGGAAACACCUUUCUUGUUGCAUUUGGCAAUCACCAGUCACCUGUUUACACACAGGAGCAGUUGGCAGAGAAGUACAGUAACAUUACCUUCCUUUUUUACUGUCUAUUUUUGGUGGUAGUGGUUGUCAUGCAUCACUACGUAUACAGGAGAGGUGAAUUGCUGCUUGCUAUCCCAGAGAAAGAACUAACGCCCUACUGGAAACUACUGCUUCCGUUUUCGUUUGCUGUUGUUUCCGGGGCCGUAGGAUCGUGUUCGGUUCUUUUUGCAAAGUCACUUUCGAAUCUUUUAAGAUUGUCCAUGUCAAGUUCGUAUCGCCUGGAUAGCUGGUUCACGUAUUCGAUUCUUGUAUUGUUUCUAUGUACUGCUGGAUUUUGGAUGGCAAGGUUGAAUGAAGGAUUAUCACAGUUUGAUGCUAUACUUAUAGUCCCCAUGCUUCAGAUCGCUUGGACCUUUUUCUCAAUUUGUACUGGAUUUGUGUAUUUCCAGGAAUAUCAGGUCUUUGAUGCGUUGAGGACUGUGAUGUUUAUUCUGGGAAUGAUUUCCGUAUUCAUAGGAAUUUCAUUGCUGGCACCCGAUGACUCUAAAGGAGAAGUCAAGGAUAGUCCGUCUCCCUCAUCAAAAGUCAACACGGAUGUAGAAAGGUUGAUUGAAGACUCGUCAAUCAAGGAUAUGAAGUCGCUUGCAAGAGCAAUGGCAACAAAAGCCUCAGCUGCAGUUAUCAGAGCAAAGAGUGCUUGCACGCUGUUGUUGGGAAUGGGAGAUGAUACAAUGCAUGCAUCAUCAGUUUUUGCAAUGCCUAUGGUUUCAUCCAAAAUGACGGGAUUCAGAGCAGUGAACGGUGACCGGUCAAAGUUGCUGUCCUUGAGAAGCCCAUCGGGAUGGAAUAGGAUCCCGGUGGUGGAAGAAACUGUAAAUAUGAUGGAUAGUAUAUCGAGUGAAGAGGAUUAGUACAUGGGAUUGUAUGGGUGUUAUAUAUGUCAUUCUAAUGGAAGGAGUGUGGUUGUUGUAGUAAUGGGGAAAGAGGAAAGCGCCACGGGAAGCGAAUGUAUAGUUGUUUGAUUGGUUGGAUUGAAUUUGGAUGUAUAUCCUCUAUGAUUCUUAAUUUUUUGGGGCCAACUGUAGGCUGUGUUUUCUGGUUUAGUGGGUGCAUGUUGAUGUUGUAAUGUAUUUAACAGGGGUGACAAUCUGUGACACAACCCGCAGCAAGGUUAUGUUUGGGUUGACUUGUUUAA